UCACACAAUCGUUAGUAUCGUUACUAUCGUUAGUCCCUGUAGGGAGCAUUAAUUGGGGUUUUGUCAGACUAGUUUGUCGCUUCCGUUAGGUCGGGCUAUCAGUAUGCGGAACUCCCUGUAGACGGAUGAUGAUGAAGAGGAUGUUGUGAAGGCAGGUUGUAACUGACCGGGCAACUCGUUCAUCGACCAGAGAGGCGGACACACAUUUCGCAUCGUUUAUUAUGCUGCGAACCUGUUAGGCGGAGUAGCAAGCCGUUAACCGUGUCUAACGUUUCCAAUAUUAUACCGUAAUCUAAAAUAAAUAAGAAUUCGGACAAACACCGCUGCCUCCCUCCCUCUGUAACCGAAGAGGGCACCCACCACCCAGGCCGUCAUCAGCAGCUGGCUUCGCAGCGGACGUUAGCGGCUAAUCGGCUAAUGUAAGCAGGUUUGAUUCAAUCAUUUUAUGAACCAUCACAAUGAUAAUCAAGGGGCUGUGUUUCAACUUUACACCUGAACUUUCCCAGUUGUGAUGGAAAGGCACCACUGACUCAAGAGGGAACAUAAAUCCUGGAUGCCGUGACAUACAGGACGUGGUUAAUCCAAGAUGGAGAAAAAGAAAAUGUGCCCUCGCCUUCUCGACUACUUGGUGGUUGUCGGAGCAAGGCAACCAAGUAGUGACAGUGUGGCCCAGACACCUCAGCUCCUUCGCCGCUACCCGCUUGAGGACUACCAUGACUUCCCACUCUCACCAGACGUGGUGUUUUUCUGCCAGCCAGAGGGCUGCCUGAGUAUACGCCAUCGUAGGGUUAGCCUUCGUGACGACUCCUCAUUUGUUUUCACGCUGACCGACAAGGACUCAGGAACCACCCGCUAUGGAAUCUGCGUCAACUUCUACCGUUCCUUUCAGCGAGGACAUCACCGUACUCGCGGGGACAAGACGAGCCACACCGAGACAGCAGCACAGGCGGCGGAGGCCACUAGUGACGGGUCUGAUGGCAGCAGUGGAGGCCCACACUCCACGUUAUCUCCGCCUAACAAUGCUGAGUCAGCACCUCCGCCAGCCUCGGGAGAAGAGAGUGGACAACUAGGUGCCGAGUUAAACGCCGGCAAGUCCCCACAGCAAAGGCGGCGCGCUGCUAGGAUGGCAGCCAGGAAUCGCAACAGCACGCUGACCUCGCUGUGCAUACUCAGCCACUACCCCUUCUUCUCCACCUUCAGGGAAUGUUUAUAUAUUCUCAAGAGGCUGGUGGACUGCUGCAGUCAGAGGCUAACUCAACGAGCUGGGCUCCCUCGUGCCACUCAGAGGGACACUAUGUGGCGGGUGUUUACUGGGGCGCUGUCAGUUGAAGAGAAAGGCAGCCAGCUGCUAGCCGACCUGCGGGAGAUUGAAUCCUGGGUGUACCGGUUGCUGCGUUCACCUGUACCAGUGGCAGGUCAGAGGCGUGUGGAUGUUGAAGUCCUGCCCCAUGAACUCAAACGGCCACUCACAUUUGCCCUGCCUGACAAUUCUCGCUUCUCCAUGGUCGACUUCCCCCUGCACCUGCCCUUAGAGCUGCUGGGUGUGGAUGCCUGUCUUCAGGUCCUCAGCUGUAUCCUGCUAGAGCACAAGGUCAUUCUUCAAUCGAGAGAUUACAAUGCUUUGUCUAUGAGCGUCAUGGCCUUUGUGGCUAUGAUCUACCCUCUCGAGUACAUGUUCCCUGUCAUCCCCUUACUGCCAACAUGCAUGGCCUCUGCUGAACAGCUCCUUCUUGCCCCCACUCCCUACAUUAUAGGUGUACCAGCCAGCUUCUUCCUCUACAAAGCUGAUUUCAAAAUGCCAGAUGACUUGUGGCUUGUGGACCUUGACAGCAGCAAGGUUAUAGCACCAACCAAUGCAGAGAUUCUACCACCUCUUCCAGAACCCGAAGCAGCUGAGCUUAAGAAACAUCUGAAACAGGCCUUGGCCAGUAUGAGUUUGAACACCCAACCCAUUCUGAACCUGGAGAAGUUCCACGAAGGCCAGGAAAUGCCCCUGCUCCCACCUGGACGAGAUAAAGCUUCGCCAUCUUCCACAGAGUUCAACCCUCUUAUUUACGGCAAUGAUGUUGAUUCUGUGGAUGUCGCCACGAGGGUCGCCAUGGUACGGUUCUUCAACUCCCCAAAUGUUCUCCAGGGGUUCCAGAUGCACACUCGCACCUUGCGCCUCUUCCCCCGGCCUGUGGUGGCUUUUCAGUCAACUUCUUUUCUUGCAUCUCGGCCACGGCGCUCUAGCUUUGCAGAUAAACUUUCUCACACCCAGGCAGUGGAGUUCUAUGGAGAAUGGGCUCUCAAUCCCACCAACCUCGCCUUUCAGAGGAUACAUAACAAUGUGUUUGACCCUUCCUUAAUCGGGGACAAGCCCAAGUGGUAUGCUCACCAGCUACAGCCUGUGGUCUACCGAGUGUACGAUGGAAGCUCCCAGCUGGUUGAAGCUAUGGCUGGUCCCUUGGAGGAUGAGGGCAAUGAGUCUGACCCCACAGACAGUGGUAGUGACAGUGAGGCAUACGAUGACUCCAGCUCAUCCUAUUCCUCACUUGGGGACCUUGUAAGUGAGAUGAUCCAAGGUGACAUCCAGGGAGACACACCAAGCGUGGACCCGCCUACCCAUGCUGCACUGGGAGAUGCUAGUGAAGUUGAAUUUCAAGACUUUGAGGAUUUCAGGGAAGGUCAUGGCUCAGAGGGUCCACCUAGUGGGGACGGACCCAUCGAACCUUCUGAUGGACAACCUCUUCGCUCAAGCUCCAGCACAACUGCAAGCUCAAGUCCUAGCACAGUCAUCCAGGGAGUCAACCAUGACCAGGGGGAAGCACCUGAAAUUGAAGCAUCAGCAAGUGCCGCUUUACAGAACUCUGUCCCCUCAUUGGGGAGUCAGCCAUUCCUCAGACCUACUGCUGAUUCUGGCCUGGUGGACUCAGUCAACAAAAAACAGGAGUAUGAUAACCCAUACUUUGAGCCUCAGUAUGGCUUCCCCUCAGAGGAUGAUCCUGAUGCAGAAGAGCAAGUGGAGUCAUACACCCCUCGAUUCAACCAGAACCUCAAUGGCAACAAGGCACAACGUCCUUUACGUCCCAGUAGCCUGAGGCUCCCAGGAGAGUCUGACGGGGAGGGAGACUCUCGCAACAGCUCGCCAAACUCCACCAUUUCCAACAGCAGCAAUGAUGGAUUUGGAGGACUCAUGUCCUUUGCCAGCAAUCUUUACAAGAACCAUGGCACCAGUUUCAGUCUGUCCAAUCUUGCUCUUCCCAACAAGGCAGCGAGGGAUAAAGCAACGCCUUUCCCCAGUCUGAAAGGUGCACGUGCACCACGAGCACUUGUGGACCAGAAGUCUUCAGUAAUUAAGCACAGUCCAACAGUGAAGAGAGAAUCGCCCUCUCCUCAGGGUCGAGUCAACAACACGAGUGAGAAUCAGCAGUUCUUGAAGGAGGUGGUUCAGAGUGUUCUGGAUGGUCAGGGAGUCGGCUGGCUCAACAUGAAGAAAGUCCGACGUCUGCUGGAGAACGAGCAGCUUCGUGUGUUUGUGCUGAGUAAGCUUAACAGAGCUAUCCAGUCAGAGGAAGAUGCCAGACAGGAGAUCAUACGUGAUGUGGAGGUGAGCAGAAAGGUGUACAAAGGCAUGCUGGACAUCUUGAAGUGCACAGUUUCCAGUCUGGAGCACUCUUACACUAAUGCAGGUCUCGGAGGAAUGGCCAGUGUCUUCAGUUUAUUGGAAAUUGCACGCACACAUUAUCAAACCAAAGACCCAGAAAAGCGCAAGCGAAGCCCCACAGACAGUGCUGGCAGCCCAGGGAGUAAAGAGAGUCCUUCUGGCCAUAUGGAGACUGCCAGACCUCAGGGCCUUCUGAAUGUUCCACACCUGCAGCUGCCGCACCACACAAUGGGCAGAGGAGCCCGCCAUUUUGAUACCCGGAGUCUGAACGAGGAGAACUUUAUUGCCUCGAUUGAAUUGUGGAGCAAGCACCAGGAUAAGCAAAAAGCUAUGGAAAAACCACAGAGGUCUGAAGGAGCAAAGCAGCAGCGCCCCCAGGUGGCUGAUGCAGAGGAGAAGAAGUCACAGAUCAGUGCUGAUAGUGGCCUCAGUGUCACAUCUGGCUCUCAGAAGAGCGACACAGAGUCUGUAACAAGCUCAGAGCCACCGGUCCUGACAAGAAGCACCAGCCAGGACUCGGAGGCCAGCACAGUGAUAAGCAAUAGCUCUGGAGAGACUCUCGGCGCUGACAGUGACCUGAGCAGCACAGCAGGAGAUGGCCUUGGUGGGAGAACUGCUCUUCACUUAAAUCAGUCCAGAGGGACUCUUUCUGACAGUGAGAUUGAAACCAAUCCAGCCACCAGCCAAGUGUUUGGAAAGACCCACACUCUGAAACCAAGUGCAAAAGAUCAUGCACAUACCAUGGCAAAGGGUGCGCCUGCGCAGCAUGUGGAGGACAUCAGUAUGAGGAUUUACCUUUGUGAAGGCCUUCUGGGCCGCGAUAAGAGCUCCGUUUGGGAUCAACUAGAGGAUGCUGCCAUGGAAACCUUUUCUCUAAGUAAAGAGCGCUCCACACUGUGGGACCAGAUGCAGUUCUGGGAGGACGCCUACUUAGAUGCUGUGAUGUUAGAGCGUGAGGGCAUGGGUAUGGACCAGGGACCCCAGGAGAUGAUUGAAAGAUACUUGUCGCUAGGAGAACACGACCGCAAGCGUCUGGAGGAUGAUGAAGACAGACUUCUGGCCACCCUGCUGCACAAUAUGAUUGCAUAUAUGCUAAUGUUAAAAUUGAACAAAAAUGACAUCAGAAAGAAAGUGAGGCGUUUGAUGGGGAAGUCCCACAUUGGCCUCUCAUACAGCCAAGAGAUCAACGAGAUACUGGACAAACUGCCCCAAAUGAACGGCCGUGAGCUGCCCAUCAGGCCCAGCGGAAGCCGCCACAUCAAGAAGCAAACAUUUGUUGUACAUGCUGGCACUGAUACCACAGGAGACAUCUUUUUCAUGGAGGUUUGCGAUGACUGUAUAGUCCUGCGCAGCAACAUCGGCACAGUUUACGAGCGUUGGUGGUACGAGAAGCUCAUCAACAUGACCUACUGCCCCAAGACCAAGGUGCUGUGUCUCUGGAGACGCAACGGCCAAGAGACGCAGCUCAAUAAGUUUUAUACCAAAAAGUGUCGGGAACUCUACUACUGUGUGAAAGACAGUAUGGAAAGAGCUGCAGCAAGACAGCAAAGUAUUAAACCAGGUCCAGAGCUGGGUGGAGAGUUCCCUGUCCAGGACAUGAAAACUGGUGAAGGUGGACUGCUGCAGGUUACACUGGAAGGGAUCAACCUUAAAUUCAUGCACAGCCAGGUUUUCAUAGAGCUGAGUCACAUUAAAAAGUGCAAUACAGUGAAGGGAGUCUUUGUCCUGGAGGAAUUUGUUCCUGAAACUAAAGAAGUGGUGAUCCACAAGUACAAGACCCCCAUGGCACAUCAGAUCUGUUAUUCGGUCCUCUGCCUUUUCUCCUACGUGGCGGCAGUGAAAGGGAAGGAGGCAGAAGGAAAACCCAAGAUUCUGUCACCGAGACCCCUUCCUAGCUAGUCCUACACCCCCCCCCCCCCC